AUGCGUGUUUCCAACGCAAUCGGGUGUCUUCUGGCCGCGGCCACGGCCUUUGCCUCUCCGGUCACAGAGACAGGCGAUUCCGCGGCAGCUGAAUCACAGAUCGAGGCCCGCCAGUCGGGUCGCACCACCAAAUGGAUCGACGGCUGUACUCCUGGCUCUCCGGGACCGAACAGCUAUCGUGCGUUCGAUCUCGGCGACUGCAAUUAUCAGUUGACCCUCACGCGCGACCGCGGCAUGAUUGGGGUCCUAUUUGAAUUCGAGGCCAUUUACGCCGAUGGAUCCCGAGUCAAGCACGCACCAGCACGCGACUAUUCAAAUAUCGCCCUCAGCGAUCCGUUCUAUGCCGUUGAUCUUGGUAACAACUGGAUCACCCGCAUCCCGAACAGAAACUUCACGUCUGUCCACGAGCUGACCAACGUCUGUCGAAACGGAGCUGGCCCCGUCGGAUGGUAUUUUCUCGCGUCGGAUGACAGUGGCUGUGGCCGACCUAAGGGUUACACCUUCACCUCGCCGCAGAUUGGCAUCACCAGAGGCGUCUCGCGCCCAGGACAGACCCGCCCCACAGCGCGCCGGAUCAACGACGCCGGUGACUACGAGAUCACAUGGGACCCCGUGCAAGGCGCAGCCGCGUAUACGGUGAUGUUCCAAGUUCCUACAAGCUCAGAUGACCUGGGAAAUCCGUACACACAGGUCAUUGGCAGUCACCAACAGGCACCCACCACUCGUGCUGUUCACCAGGGCAUCAUCAGGUUCCGCUGGGAGGGACGCGCUCGCAAGGUCGCGGUGAACGUCGUGAAUGCGCAAGGCGUCUGGAACUUGGCCCGGGACUCACCCAAUGUUGCAGCGCCCUGGUAG